AAACGCACACGCAGCAGCACGGUCAUCUUAUAGACUACAACUGCAACAUGCAUAUGCUGUACAUUGUCCUGUGGUCACUCGCUCUGGUCUCAUGCAUCUGUGGAGAAAACCCUGCAAUCCAACUGGCUCUGACUGAUAAAGGCCUUCAGACAGUGCGACACUUUGCAGCAGGAGUGAUUCAGGAUAAAUUGGAUCAAAUGGAGCUUACCGAUGUGAGGGGCCACGUCAUGGGCAUUCACUACACUCUGUCUGGUAUGCAUAUAACCAAGUUGGACUUCCCGGAACCCGAGGUGCACUUCAGUCCUCCAGUAUCUGGACUGGACCUGUCUGUGAGUGGACUCAGUAUGGCCCUGACCGGGGACUGGAGCACACACCUGGGGGCCAUUCAUGAUGGAGGGACAUUUGACAUGGCCAUAUUUGACCUGUCCCUGCGUUCUUUCCUGGGCUUGGACAGGGACAGCUCGGGACAUCCCUCUGUGUCCUCUGUGUACUGUGAGGUGGACAUACAGACAGUGAACAUGCAGUUCUAUGGAGGGGCCAGGUACACACACGUUUGUAAAUGACCAAACUGUCAAAGAGAUCGUCACCAGUUCAUCUACAUGCUGCCUCGAUGUGUUACCCACUAGAUUU